AAUACUAAUAAUCAACAACAAAUGGCUUCACCUUUUGAUAAGCCAAAGUCUGAACUUACUCAGCAAGGUCUUUUAGAUCUUCAGAAUUGUUUUAGUGACAAAAUGAUACCUCAAUUCAUUAUUACUCCUAAUAGUGUAACACAUUCUUCUGUCUCUAUGAAUGCUUUCGUAAAUGGUAGAACCCGAAGUAUUAAAAGUGGCUUAUUUACCUGCCUUAUUAACCGCACCUAAUGAAGAAUACUAUGGUCGUUAUGACCAUGAUAAAGCACUAACAACCUGGGGAAAAAAGAUGCGUCUCUUUGAUGAGAAUUCCUCUGAAGGACCCAAGAAAGCAGAAAGCUUGAAAGGAGUAUUUUCUGAUUCUCAUAGUCAUAAAAGUAGUUUUGAUAGAACAUUGAAUAAGUUUAAAGAUGUAGAUGUGAUUCCUACCAAGUCCAUUACGGAAGUUGGUAUUCAACCUACUAGAUAUAAGUUUGAUGAUUUAUCGCAAAAAGAUGAGAAAUUAGCUUCAAUUGCUUUCUCUUCAAAAGCAUCCAUGAAUGAAAGUAAAACAAGAGUUCGUGUCUUUGGUUUUGAUCCUAGUAAGACAGAAGCUAUUCUUAAAUAUUUUAUGGCAUUUGGAAACUUAGUAGAGCCUUGUUCUAGUCAAGGAAACUGGAUUACUUUUAAAUACACAACUCAUGAAGCAGCCUUAAAGGCAUUAAAAUGUCAUGGCAAAGUGAUGCAUCAAAGGAUGAUUGGUGUUGUAUGGGAUGAUUCUAUUACAGAAUUACAAACAGUUAGACUUCUUCCUGCUGAAGAUAUCUUUUUACAAACACAAGCCUAUAAUGACUCAAAAUCCUCCAUUAACAAUAGUAGUAAUCAUGUUCCCAAAGACAGUAACAAUAGCACUGUUAAACCUUCUGGCUUUUUACAUAAAAUCAGGGAAAUUUUAAUGGGAUGGUAAAUUCCUUUCUUUUGUUUUCAACUUUAUGGAAUAAUAAUAAUAAUAAAAGAAAAAGAAAAAAAAAAGAUGAGACAUGUAUACACAUGUAUUGUAUUAUAUACAAGCUAAAAAAAAAGGAAAAGGAAAAUAUGUUAGUCUAUCGUUAAAGACAAAAUUAUUAAUGUGAGGGCACGCAUUUAUCUACUUUCUUAAAAAUAAAAAUAAACUUUAGCAUCAUUAUGUAUUUAUGUUCAACUCAC